UCCUCCCGACCCGCACGACAAUUCCUCUCAAUAUAUGUUAAGCGAUGACAUGAACCAGAAUUUGGCUCUAAUUGGUUCCGUACCACACAAUGGCAUCAAACAAAUUAGAAUCCAUUAUCUAUUGAAACUGAUUUCAGCCAAACUAGUCUCAAAUGAGAUCCAAUACAAUUAUACACUUUUGGACAAAUUUCUGACUCGACUCAGAGAUUAUCAUUUAAAACCAGGGUUUGAGAUAAUGGGAAAUCCGUCAAAUAUUUAUAAUGAUUUUGAAAAUCGGACUCAAGUUAUCCAAUGGAAAGAAUUGGUGAAAGAAUUGGUCACUCGUUAUAUAGAAAUGUUUGGAAGCGAUUACGUGAAGCAAUGGAACUUUGAGUCUUGGAAUGAGCCGUCAAUUGAAUUCAAAAACCAUUUCAAAGACAACAUUAAAGUCACUCAAAAAGGGUUUCUUAACUAUUAUGACGCCUCUUCUCUAGCGCUUCAAGAAGUGGACAAUACUUUGAUAUUUGGAGGACCGGGAGAUCACUGGCCUCAGGACAUAAAGAAUGGUCCGUUUGUUAUUGAUUUAGUCAAGCAUUUCAUGAAUGGUUCCAAUUAUUUGAGUGGAAAGAAAGGAGAUAUUAAGUUAGACUUCAUAUCAUUACACGAAAAGGGAAAGAAAGGUCAGUCGUCUUAUACGGACGCAUCGGAAGACAAGGCAUUGACUGAUAUCGAGAAAGAAUUUCAGAUUUUAAAACAAAUACCUUUUGUUGAUAAUGAAGGCGAUCCUGAAGCCGGUUGGAAUCAGAACAGGACGUGGAGGGCAGACAAUAGAUAUGCCGCUACUGUUGUACAAGUGGUGGCCCGACAUAUAUACCAAUAUAAUCACACCAACAAAAUGUCACUGUUUGGGUUCGAUCAUGGAUUCUUGAGUUUUUACCCAUUUCAGUUUACUCAACGGACUUUAUUAGCUAGGUGUCUUAAGACCUAUGAAAUAGAAUAUUCCAGAAGCGGUUCCAAUGAUUCAUAUAAAAGAAUCAACAAAAAUGAUAUCAUUUACCCAUCGUAUCAGUUCACGGAUUUGACUGAAACAUCGUCUGUAUCUGGUUUUUAUCGGAUCAGUGCCAUUGAUUUCUGGGACAGAAAAAGUGAUUUCUCUGACAUAUUCAAGUGGAAUAUGAAC